UUGACAAGCUUAUUAGCAAGAAAGUAGGCAUUUUAGAGACUUUUUGGUGGUUCUUGUUGAAGCAAUAUGGCUCAAACGGUAGGAAGGAAUGUAGCAGCUCCACUGAUGUUUCUGAAUUUAAUCAUGUAUCUUAUUGUGUUGGGUUUUGCUAGUUGGUGUCUCAACAGGUUCAUCAAUGGCCAAACUAACCACCCAAGUUUUGGAGGAAAUGCUGCAACAUUUUUUUUCUUGAUCUUCACACUGCUGGCAGCUGUUGUUGGGAUAGUGUCCAAGCUUGCAGGUGGAAACCACAUCAGGGCAUGGAGGAAUGAUAGUCUAGCAGCUGCAGGAUCAUCUUCUCUGAUAGCUUGGGCACUAACAGCACUGGCUUUUGGGUUGGCAUGUAAGGAGAUUAGCAUAGGCGGGUACAGAGGGUGGAGACUGAAGGUGGUAGAGGCAUUUGUAAUAAUACUCGCAUUCACUGAACUUCUCUAUGUUCUGUUGAUUCAUGCCGGGUUGUUCAGUAGCAGAUAUGGUCCAGGAUAUGGAGACACCGACUACGGAGUGGCAAUGACCAGUACAGAUCCUGCACAUAAGGGUACUGGGGUUCCAGUGACUGGCUCUAGUGUUUGAAUCAAGUAGAUAGAUAAUAUUAUGUAUCAACUAUAUUUAAGUUUCUUAAUUUCCUCAUUAUCAUCUCUUGAGGUUUGCUGUUGAUCUGUGUGUUCAGUCCACUCAAUGGUGUCAUGUAAGUAGAGGUGGACUCUUUUAGAUAUGUUGUAAAGAGCCAAAUCAAUCAUAAGUGUAAUGUUCUGGUAAGUAUGGCUCUCACACUUCACUAUUAAGAGAAAAAUAGCAACAUGAUCAUAUCAGAGAACCAUUUGUCACUGACAGGAAUCUAAAAGCAAGCAAAAAGAGAGAUUG